GUCAUAGGAAAACCUUACCUUCCCCCGUACUGGGGCUUAGGCUACCAUCUAUGUCGAUGGGGYUAUGGAAGUCUGGAGAGAACUAUUCAAGUAAAUAGUAACAUGCGUGCAAAGGGAAUUCCUCAAGAUGUACAGUGGAAUGAUAUUGAAUACAUGCGAGAUCACCUUGAUUUUACUGUGGAUCCUUCUAAGUGGAAUGGACUGGGAGAUUUUGUAAAGAAAAUCCAAAGUCAGUACAAUCAACACUAUAUUCCCAUCGUGGAUCCUGGCAUUAGUAAUACCCAACCAAGUGGAUCAUACAAGCCAUACAGUGAUGGUUUGUCAAUGGACGUGUUUGUAAAGACCACAGAAGGACAGCCACUAGUAGGACAGGUUUGGCCAGGGAACACUGUAUUCCCCGACUUCUUCAGCAAAAAUGCACAGCAGUACUGGACAGAACAAUUAUCAGCAUUUCACGACGAGGUACCUUUUGAUGGACUCUGGAUUGACAUGAACGAGCCCUCAAACUUUGUGGAAGGGUCGACAAGUGGUUGUCCUGCAUCAAAAUGGGAUAGUCCUCCUUACACUCCACAUAUCAUUGGAAAUACAUUAAAGAGCAAGACGAUAUGUAUGUCUGCCAAUCAAAAUGGAUAUCGACACUAUGACGUACACAGUCUCUAUGGUUAUAGCGAGACUGUGGCAACAAUGAAGGCUCUAGAAACUGUCCGGAAUUUUGAAUUUCAACCUUUUUGGGAUACCGUUGGUUGGUGCAGACAUUUGCGGCUUUAUUGGAAAUACUAACUUUGAACUUUGUGCAAGAUGGACUCAACUUGGAGCAUUUUAUCCCUUUUCAAGAAAUCAUAACACGAUCAACAACCAGCCACAGGAUCCYACUGCCUUUGGUGACAAUUUUGCAGCAAUGGCUCGUAACGUGCUAUUAAUGAGAUACCGUCUUCUUCCAUAUUUGUACACGUUGUUUGCCAACGCUCAUGUAAACGGCGGUACUGUAGCAAGACCKUUAUUCUUCGAAUUUACAAACGAUAGCAAAACACUUCCCAUCGAUCAGCAGUUCAUGUGGGGCUCGUCGCUUCUAAUAACUCCCGUCAUGCAACAGCCGCAAGAACCCCUUCGAACUUAUUGUUGCUCUGUCAGGACAAGAUGGCGUACCAGCAAAGGGAGAGGUUUUCAUAGAUGAUGGGGAAUCUCUUGGCCCUGUCACAAAAGCUCCAUACCUUCACGUCGAUUUUGUAGCAGACCAUGCACUACAUUCAUCUGUGGACCCUAAGAGUUCCUACACGCCUGAAGCUAAACUCGCCAAUAUAACUUUCUACGGAUUUGGACAUAAACCCUCUAGYGUGACGGUGAAUGGUCACGCAAUCUCUACGUACACAUAUGAUGACGGGCUCAAGGUGCUCAAGAUAACUGGAUUACAGCUCUCUCUUGAUCAGCCAUUUAAUGUCACUUACGAUUAAUAACAAGAUAUAUUUUUGUAAUUGAAGCGGGUUAAUUUUUUAUUAGAAUAUAAGCAAUAUAUCGGUGCGCAUAAACUGGUUUUGUGUUUUCUAAUGACSGCAYGAACACUGCAACCUCGUUAAUCYGUCCACCGAGUGGACACUGAAAAGUGGCCGGAUUAAUUGGGUAGAAAAGUAUGGGGGUUUAGUUUGCUGGGAACUAAAAACUUCGCCGUUAAUGUGAUGGUGUUGAAAGACGUUUAUAGCAAUUUAUCACACAAACACCUUGUUGUUUUUUAAAGAUUCUUAUUUCAAUAAAUACAUAUAAUACUAUUAGUAAUGCAAACAAACACCUGUUUGCAAAAGUGAUAAA